UCGUCGGUCGACCAAAAUGCAGAACAGCUCGGAGCGUAUGGCGUGUACCUCUGGCAGUACGGAAUGAACCGAAAUCACGUCGGUAAUACCUACUCGACGAUCUGUGGGAAGCUGUGUGCUGUAAGAUGGUUCCAUCGCAACACAGUCGGCUAUGAUCCGGGCGUUAACGCCAGUCACGCAAUCCUAUUGCGCGGAAUUCGUAGAUUCACUGAUCCAGUUGUGAAGCAGCAGCCCCUAUCGGCGAGGAUGCUUCGUGUUAUCUUCUGCGAGAUCCAUCUCACGCAGCCCCGCGAUCAACUGUUGUGGGGUGGGCUGUUUCUGGGGUAUUUCUUCUUACUCAGGCGUUUUGAGUAUUUAUUUAUCGGAAGAAAAGUCCACUCGUAUAUCUUGCAGCUGUCAGCAAUCCAGUUUUAUAGCCGCAAUGAAGAAGUCGUGAGUCCCAAGAAAGCGGUGGUGGUGGGUAUCACUCUCAGAGGGGCCAAAAACAAUCAAUUUGGUCGGGAAGACGUGCGAUUUCAUUUCAAAACGAAGGACAAACUUAUUUGUCCAGUUCGAGCAGCCCGUUGGAUCGUCAAAGCAGCGAAGACCCUGGGAACCCGAGCUGAGGACCCAGCACUGGCA